UAAGAGUUAAUCUGUUACACUAUGAUGAGAUGGUGAGCCAGCUGUGUAGCAAUUUUCGAUUGAUAGAAAGAGUCCGUGCGAGUAAUCUGGCUCACUUGAAUGGAAGCGCUUCCGUUCCCCUUGCAUCGCCCCCUAUCGGUGGAACAGAGAUUCGUGGGAUCCCGUGACGUCACAUUUUGCAAGUCUCCUCGGUUACUCAAGUGAUGUCAGAGCCUCGCCUCCACAACCACGUGUUCCAUAUAAAAAUACGGGUCCAGCGCUGUCGGGGGAAGACAGUAGCGCUGACCAUCCGACAGCCUGGCACCAAAACUCAGUAGUGCGCUUCGUCAAACGGUUUGCUCCUGGGAGAUCAGCGCGUUGCAAUAAAAGGCUUCUAAAGGAAUACAUUUCUCCUGUGGAUUUAUAGCUACUUAGAAAAUAAUAGUGAUGGCAGUUACUCAGGCUGGAUGUGACUUGACAUACUGCAAGAUGAGGGGAAUCGUGUCAGUUCUCACCGCUUUUAUUAAAGAAAGGAAGAUGGGCUUAAAUGACUUCAUCCAGAGGCUUGUUUCCAACCCUCCCAUUUGUCAACAUGCUGAAGUUGGAUCAUUCUUAAAAAUCGAUGAAAACCAGAAUGAGGAGCUGGAAGAGAAUCACCUGUGUUUGACCAAUCCCAGGAGCUCUUUGGCUGAGGAAACACAGAUCAAACCUUCAGAUUUUGACUACUUAAAGAUCAUUGGGAAGGGGAGCUUUGGAAAGGUUCUGCUCGCGCGGCACAAGGAAAGCGAACAAUACUAUGCUGUGAAGGUGCUACAGAAGAAAAUAAUUCUGAAAAAGAAAGAGCAAAAGCAUAUCAUGGCAGAAAGGAGUGUAUUAAUGAAAAAUAUCAAGCAUCCAUUCCUGGUGGGACUGCACUUCUCUUUCCAAACCACAGACAAACUGUACUUCGUGCUAGACUACGUCAAUGGUGGCGAGCUGUUCUAUCACCUCCAGCGUGAGAGGGUGUUUCUGGAGCCCAGGGCAAGGUUUUAUGCUGCUGAAAUAGCUAGUGCACUCGGUUACCUCCACUCACUGCACAUAGUUUACAGAGACUUGAAGCCAGAGAACAUCCUAUUGGACUCUCAGGGCCACAUUGUCCUGACAGAUUUCGGUCUGUGCAAAGAGGGACUGGAACCCAAUGGCACAACCACAACAUUCUGUGGAACUCCUGAGUACUUGGCACCUGAGGUGCUCCAGAAACAGGCCUAUGAUCGUACAGUAGAUUGGUGGUGCCUGGGAUCAGUACUGUUUGAGAUGCUGUACGGACUGCCUCCAUUCUACAGUCGCAACACAGCCGAGAUGUACAACAACAUCCUUCACAAGCCUCUAGUCCUGAAGCCUAAUGUGUCCAAUGCGGGCCGUGACCUGCUGGAGGGUUUGCUGCACAAGGACCGUACCAAGAGACUGGGGUCCAAAGAUGAUUUUCUGGAGCUGAAGUUCCACAGCUUCUUUUCUCCCAUCAACUGGGACGACCUCAUGGCCAAAAAGAUUGUUCCUCCUUUCAUUCCUACAGUGAGUGGUCCCACUGACCUUCGGCACUUUGACCCAGAGUUCACACACUUACCUGUGUCGACCUCCCUAUGCAACAACGAUUACCUGCACAUGACCAGCAGCGUACGGGAGGCUGCCGGAGCGUUCCCAGGUUUUUCUUAUGGUCCUCCGGCUGACCAUGCCUUCCAGUAAUAGCCUCCGUGACACCAUCCAGAAUGUCCAUUCCAGCAUCGAGACAGAAGAAGGACCACAGGGUGGGACACUUAGCUCUUCCAAUUUAUUUGCAUGUACGACCUGGCAGCACAAAGGGACACUGAUGCAACCCGGACACUCGUGCAUGCCCAGGAGGAACAUGAGACGUUAUAGGACUACAGUAACAACUUCCGGAAAUUAUGCAAUGUGUGCCAAUGUUUGCAGAGCGGACCUGAGCUCCUAGAGAGAGAGAUUAGAAGUGCCUGAGAGUUAAACUGAUGAUCUAUGGGGAAAACAAUAACAGGCAAAAUGAGCUUGGCACCAGCUACUGGGCGAGAUGCCUUCUGUGAUCUUUUACAUUUGAUCAAAAAUGUCUUUGGAUGAUGUUUUAUUUAAUUGUAUUUGUCAUGCAUUAUUGCACAGUGGAGGUAAAGGAUGAAGAAAAGUACAAAAUAUAUGAAUGGUUCGAAAAGGGGAAUGAUAUACAUCAACCCCUAUCAGUACAAGAGGAUACACAGGCUGUAUGACUCAAAUAUCAAUACAUUUUUAAUGAAUGCGUUUAUUAUCUUCUUUCUAUUGACAAAUGUUAAUUUAAUAACUGCAAUAUUUAUCAUGUUGCAUUAUUUUAGUGUGGUUUGGCUUAACUCUUCAGUCCUACUCAGAUUUAUAUUAGAAGGGAAAUUAGUUUAGAUUACGAAGCCACAAGGCUUUUAGCUGUGAUUAUUUGUCUGAAUGAGUAGAAGACAUCCUGUGUUCCUCCUAAAACGAAUAUUUUGUCUUACAAGUACUUUCUUUCCCUUUUUUCUCCAAUGCCAGCACUUUUACACAAUAUGCCAGACACUGUGUUUCUUGGGAAGGCAAUUUUACUAGUCGUACAUUACAUUCUUUUAUCAUACAUUUAGUGAGAUGGAUGUAUGUUUUAAACAUCCUUUUAUCACCAUUAUCUGAAGCGAUUGCUGUCUACCGAAAACACAGCAUGUCGAUUAGAUUGUAUUGAAACCCUUUGCAUCAUGUAUAGAAGUUAUAUAUACUAGCCCAAAAGGAACUGUGUCUUUUUUUUGUUCAAAUUGUGCCUGUUCAGCUAAUUUAUGUAUGUUGUGAUGCAUUUCCAAGUGUGUCUAUCAUUCCUGUCUGCAUCGUUCUGGGUUGGACAGGGACAAGGAAUGCUGUGCAAUAGAAAUGGUGACUUGAUAGAGAUGUGAACAAUUUGUCAUGCAAGACGUUGUUGUUGGGACGAUUGAGUGGCAUCGGCUUAAUGAAGAAGAGGGGUUUGGAUGCCCUCAUGAAAUGCAUCCCUGUUUUAAUUGUAAUAUAUUUCAUAUCACUGGACCAGUAAUGCGCAAUACGUUGUUUUUUAGAUUACUGCAAACAUGGCAAUAUUGAUAAAGUUUAUUUUCUUCCAUUUUUGGAAGUUAUUCAUAUAUUGUUUUAUAUUUUUCCAUGUAUAUUUAUUUACGUCACAUAUUGUACCUCUAAUGAUCAGAGUAUUAAAUUCUUAGAAUGAUGAAAUAUUGGAGAAUGAUCUAUUUGAAUGCAAAAUAAAUAUUUAAAAAUGAA